AUGCCAUUCAAAACUUUCCCUCCCGUUGUAUCUUUUGACCAAAAGGUCCCAAAAGCGGAAACUACGCUUGCACCUGGUAGCGAUGACGUUGACUACGCAAAGAACAUUGCCGAAGCCGUCAAUGUCCAAGAAAUCGACACCAACUUGUACAUGAGCAAGGAACUAUGGUUACCACCUGGUGCUCGAGGCGUUUUCGGUGGACAGAUUGUUGCUCAAGCUUUGCGUGCUGCUUAUAAUACUGUUCCCGAGGAGUUCCAUGUUCAUUCAUUGCACAACUACUUUAUCCUUCCCGGCAAUGUUGAAUACCCAGUGAUCUAUCAAGUACAGCGUUUGCGAGAUGGUCGAUCCUUUGCAACUCGAUUCUUGACAGCUACACAACGUGGCAAGGCUAUCUUUGUUGCCAGCUUCAGCUUUGCCAAACCUGGUACAGCCAUCACUCUUGAACAUCAAGCUGAGAUGCCCAGUGUCCCUCCACCCGAGACGUUGCCUUCUGAAUAUGAACGCAUGCUCAAGACAUUGGAAAACAACGAGUUGCCACCCAAAUAUCGUGAUUACUUGGAGACACGUUUGGAGGAAACGAUGCCCAUGGAUUAUCGCAACGUAUACCAAGUCUCUGAAAAAGAGGCACUCUCGGGUCGUCUUCCAGCCAAGCAAACACAACAUCGUUGGUUCAAGACACGUGGCACACUUGACAAUGACCCUCGCUUGCACCAUUGUGUCGUUGCCUAUGCUUCCGAUAGCGCCUUCAUUGGUACCGCUGCCAUGGCGAAUGGCCUUGCAUCACGUGCCAUUGGUAUGAUGGCAAGUCUCGAUCAUUCCAUGUGGUUCCACGCUCCCGUUCGUGCCGAUGAGUGGUUGUUGUAUGAAAUGCAUAGCCCUCGUACAAGUGAUGGUCGUGGUGUCGUGUUUGGUCGUCUCUUCCGACAAGAUGGUACAUUGGUAGCUACUACAGCUCAAGAAGGCAUUGUUCGGUUAUCUGAGCGGGAACAGCAACGUCGUUUGAAGCAGCAACAGGAUGCUAAGGAUCUCAAUAAGGAUAAUAGCAAGUUGUAG